ACUCAGAUGUUCAGUUGCCAUUUUGGACGCAACACACGCAGAGUAUUGUAGCUUAUUUUAAUUGGUAUAACCUAUAAUUUGGGUGACUUGGUUUGACUGACAAUCGUUACGCUGUAGAUAUUAAAAGAUUGUGGUAAUUGAAUGAAAAAUGCCGAUCUUAGAUAAAAGAAAGGGCGACGAUAUAUUGGCCUUGGUGCCUGCGUCAAAAAGAACGAAGAAUGAAGUUGUUUUUAGUAGCAGAGAGAAAGCAGUGGUGCAAAGUGGUCCAACGCGAACAUCAGGACUAAUGGCACCGAUAAUGCUAUUAGAGGGUCAUCAAGGAGAUAUAUUCACUCUUGAAUUUCAUCCCGAGGGACAAUAUCUUGCUUCGUCAGGAUUUGAUCGUCAAAUAUUUAUUUGGAAUGUUUAUGGGGAAUGUGAAAAUGUGUCUGUAAUGUCUGGACAUAGCGGUGCAGUGAUGGAACUGCAUUUCAGUCCUGACGGUGGCCAUUUAUAUACUGCUAGUACUGAUUCUACUCUGGGCCUUUGGGACGUUGUUGUGGGAACUCGAAUAAAGAAGCUUAAGGGUCACACUUCCUUUGUCAAUUCUGUUUCUGGUGCUCGUCGUGGUCCAACACAACUUUGUUCAGCAAGUGAUGAUAGCACUAUCCGUAUUUGGGAUCCUAGAAAACGAGGCCAAUGUUACACACUUAAUAAUACAUAUCAGGUAACAGCUGUAACUUUUAACGAUACUGCUGAACAAGUUAUAAGUGGUGGAAUUGACAAUGAUGUUAAAGUUUGGGAUCUACGAAAAAAUGCUGUACUUUAUAAACUCAAAGGACAUUCUGACACUGUUACUGGAUUGAGUUUAAGUCCAGAUGGUUCAUAUAUUUUGUCCAAUGCAAUGGAUAAUACUUUAAGGAUUUGGGAUGUACGACCAUUUGCACCAUAUGAACGUUGUGUAAAAAUACUUUUGGGUCAUCAGCACAAUUUUGAAAAGAAUCUUUUGAGGUGUGCAUGGUCAACAGAUGGUAGUAAAGUGUCAUCUGGUUCUUCAGAUCGAUUCCAUUAUAUUUGGGACACAACUAGCCGUCGGAUACUGUACAAAUUACCAGGGCACAAUGGCUCAUUAAAUGAUGUUGAUUUUCAUCCAAAGGAACCAAUCGUUUGCUCUGGAUCCAGUGACAAACAAAUAUAUAUGGGAGAAAUUGAAAAGUAAAAUGAGACAAAGCCGAUACCUUUUUUUUAUUUAAUGAACUGUAUAUGACACCUACUGUAAACAAUCUGCAACAUACGUGUUAUAUCUUAUGCAAUAAGUAUAUUUCAUUUAUACAAAAACCAUGCGAAAUUUAUGUAUCUCUUGAAUGAUCCUGUGUUCCCUUCUUUACGUUUAAAUAUAAAUUUUAUAUUUUAAUAUAAAAUUUGUUGCACUAUUUACUACGACAUACAAAUCAACAUGUCGCAGGAAUUUGUGCAAUGAUUUGAGUGU